AUGAUGAUCAAAUCCUCUCUCGUUACGGCAAUGCCAACCACGACAUCCAUGAAGAACCAUCAUAACCAUUCAAAUUACCAUCCUCAUCAACAACAUACUUCCUACAACUCUUCUUCCGCCUCUUACUCUCUUCCAACAAUAACCAGCUCACAACAAACACAUCGUUUUCCAAGUAUGCAUUCUUCAGGUGCAUCCAAUCAUCCAUCCUCUUCCCAUCAUGUUCAUAAUAUAACCCUUCAUACAACACAACACAGCAAUAACACUUCCACUGGUCCUCAUCAUCACCACUCUCAAUCAUCAUCAUCACUAGCAACACCUGCUAGCAAUACAACCAACAUUGAUGUCAUGUUUAAGAAAAUUAUGGAAGCAAAAUUUUCUACAACUCUCAAUGAAAUUGAAAAUACUUUUAACCAAUAUGAUUCUCACUUGUCGUCCACUCUGAGAAAUAUCGAGGAAGAAUUUAGAGAAAUGCUCUCGAGCAACAACUUGAAGAAGAGAUCCAGAAGAGGAAGCUCUUCUCAACAAGAUUCAAGCUCGCCACAAGAUUCAGUUUCUACAGCAGCAAGAGGAGGAGACUUUGAAAAUGAUUCAAAUUCAGCAGAUUGCUCCAUGUCAAAGAAGAGAAAGAGAAGUAAUUUUUCAAAGAAGGAUAAAGAACUUCUCAUUGACUGGCUCCAUAAACAUGCUGAAUAUCCAUAUCCAACAGAUGAGGAAAAGGAGGAAUUGUUGGAAAGAGUGUCCAUGACCAAGGAUCAAUUAGAAACAUGGUUUGUGAAUAAUCGAAAGAGAUUACUUCCAAGUAGUACUUCUAGAAAAACACCAGCAAUGCUUCAAUGUGAGCAAUUUAACAUGAAACUAGAGCAAAAGUUAGGCGUGUAA